AUGGAUAUGAAUGUUGAUGGGAGGUUGAAAAAUGUCUUCUGGGCAGAUGCACGAAGUAGGGCAUCAAACGAAUAUUUUGGUGAAGUUGAUACGUUCGACACCAUCUAUUUGACAAAUAGGUAUGAGAUGUCGUUUGCACCAUUUGUUGGUGUAAAUUACCAUGGACAGUUAAUCCUUUUGGGGGCAGGAUUGAUUUUUAAUGAGGAUACAGAAACGUUCACAUGGUUGUUUCAGAGUUGGUUGAACUGUAUGGGUGAUGAAGCUCCAAAGGCUAUUAUCACAGAUCAAGAUAGGGCCAUGAAAAAUGCGAAUGCAAUUACGUUUGUCUUUUCGAAUACCCGACACCGAUUUUGCUUAUGGCACAUACUGAAGAAAGUACCUGAAAAAUUCGGUUCACAUGGUGCAUACAAAGAUGGGCUGAAAAGUCAGUUGCUUAAGUGUGUGUAUGACUCUCAAACAAUAGAGGAGUUUGAGAAAUGUUGGGAAGUGAUGAUUACAAUAUACAACUUGAAGGAGAAUGCUUGGUUGCAGAGUUUAUACGCUGCGCGUACCUAUUGGGCACCGGUAUUCCUGAAAGAAGUUUUCUGGGCUGGAAUGAGUACAACCCAACGAAGUGAGAGCAUGAAUGCUUUCUUUGACGGGUAUGUUCAUGCUAGGACAAACUUAAAAGAGUUUGUUGAUCAAUUCGAUAAUGCGUUGAAGAAGAAGAUUGAAAAUGAAAAUGCGGCGGACUUUCACUCAUUCAACGUCACAAUUCCCGUAGUCUCUAUUUCUCCACUUGAGAAGAUAUUUUAA